CCGUCGAUGAACCUGCCAGUCAUCCGCGGCAGCCAAACCCAAUGAUCGGGAUGCGGCUAUGCGGCUUGCACCGAAACAUGCCAGGCCAAAUCAGCAGCGUUGCACCGUUAUUGCUGCUAGCAGCAUUUGAAAUCUGAUUUAGUGACCGCUAGUGUGCCAUCCUUAUCGCUGCUCCAUGGUCCAUGGGAACCGAAGCCAAUGACACAAUGGCCGCCAGCUCUCUCUGGCUCUCUCCGGGUUCGCGCCAUGACUGGGCCACCACCACCACCAAUGGCUGCGACUGCAGCGGAACAUGAAGAAAAAGGAGAAAAGGAGAGGAAAAAAAAAAGAUGAACACAUAUGCGCAAGCCAAAGGAGCACCUGCGCUAGCAGCAUAUUUGUGGCUGGCGAUUUAUUACAUCCCACACCAAAACGCCAGGAAAGGCCUUGGCGUCGAUGGAGCUGCUUUGUGCCACAACCCCCAGGGGAUCGGCAUCAAGAUGUUGUUGAAACUGCGACCAGGACGAGUACCUCGUACCCGUACCUUGCGGCCGAGCAGGUGAUGUCGACGAGGGAAAAGACUACGGAAAGCCUGCCAGACACGUCGCCGCUCUGUAGGCGUGCGUGCGUAUGUGUAUGUGUCUGUGUAUGUGAACGUGCAUGUUGUGGGCGAUGCUUCAGCAGCACCCGUAACGGUGGCACGCUCUGGGACCGUGUCCCCAUCCUUUGGUGCCCAGAUUCAAGACGUCAGCCAUCCGGAUGCCCAGCGGCGCAUCAAAAGAAGGCAAAGGACCUUCGGUGUCUCGUUGGGGGCGCAUUGACUCAUCGUGCUGUUCCCGUGGCAGCGUGGCAGCUAGUAUUUCGCACCUUACCUUGCUGUGGGAGGCUGCCAAAGUAGCUCCAAAAGGGGGGCGAUGCCGCUGUCCAUUGUCGCCGGCGUCAAGACUUUUGCCAAAAUCAUCUCCCCAAGUCCUCGUUCGGUCAGUCCCAAGUGUUUACCGAAGAGGAGGGGCUGGUGCUGUAGCCAGCCAAAACUAAAGCACUGCCCGAUGUGUGUCUUGGUGGCCGGACACAAGGGUUGCGGCUUGAAUUCAUCCAGGACGCAA